AUGGCUGUCCUACAUCGUCUUGCUCCAUUGGUGAAGAAAAUCCGCGAGGCAGAAGUUUUGGGGAUGGCUGAUAAGCUCUGUGAUAAGUUGCUUAAUGGGAAAGACCAGCAUCGCGACAUUGCAAGCAUAGCUUUGAAGACAAUUAUCUCUGAAGUCCCUACCUCAUCUGUUGCACAAUCUGUUCUUAUUUCGGUCUCUCCAAAGUUGAUAAAGGGGAUAACUGGCGUUGGAAUGAGCACUGAGGUAAAAUGUGAAUGUCUCGAUAUUCUAUGUGAUAUUCUUCAUAAAUUUGGGAACCUGAUGGCAUCAGAUCAUGAGCUGCUAUUAGGUGCUCUAUUGCCUCAGCUGAGUUCCAAUCAAGCCAGUGUUAGAAAGAAGGCUGUUUCAUGUAUUGCCUCUUUGGCUUCAAGCUUAUCAGAUGAUUUGUUGGCAAAGACCACAGUUGAAGUUGUUCGGCUUUUGAAAAAUAAGGGAGCCAAACCUGAAAUGAUUCGUACAAACAUUCAGAUGAUAGGGGCUUUAAGCCGCGCCGUUGGUUAUCGUUUCGGUCCCCAUCUUGGAGACACAGUUCCACUCUUAAUUAACUACUGCACAAGUGCGUCGGAGAAUGAUGAGGAGCUUCGUGAGUACAGCUUGCAGGCACUGGAGAGUUUUCUACUUAGGUGCCCUAGAGAUAUUUCUUUUUACUGUGACGAAAUUCUGCAUCUUACUCUGGAGUUUCUUAGUUAUGAUCCUAAUUUUACUGAUAAUAUGGAGGAAGAUACUGAUGAUGAAAGUCAAGAGGAGGAGGAGGAGGAUGAAAGUGCUAAUGAAUACACCGAUGAUGAGGAUGUGAGCUGGAAAGUUCGAAGAGCUGCUGCCAAAUGCUUAGCAGCCUUAAUUGUUUCUCGUCCUGAGAUGCUCUCAAAGCUGUAUGAGGAGGCUUGUCCAAAGUUGAUUGAUAGAUUUAAAGAAAGGGAAGAAAAUGUCAAGAUGGAUGUAUUCAAUACAUUCAUUGAGCUACUGCGUCAAACAGGAAACGUCACAAAAGGGCAGGUUGACGUAAAUGAAUCAAGUCCCAGAUGGGUAUUGGAGCAAGAAGUACCCAAAGUUGUUAGAUCUAUAAAUAGACAGCUACGUGAGAAGUCUAUCAAGACGAAGGUUGGUGCCUUUUCAGUUCUGAAAGAGCUUGUGGUUGUCUUGCCUGACUGCCUUGCUGACCACAUUGGGUCUCUUAUUCCAGGGAUUGAAAAAGCACUGUGUGACAAAUCCUCUACCUCAAAUUUGAAGAUUGAGGCUCUUAUAUUUACAAGAUUAGUCUUAACCUCACAUUCGCCUUCUGUUUUCCACCCUUACAUCAAGGCCAUUUCUAGUCCUGUUAUAGCUGCUGUUGGUGAGCGUUAUUAUAAAGUUACAGCAGAGUCAUUAAGAGUGUGUGGGGAGCUUAUUCGUGUUGUACGUCCAAAUAUUGAGGGUUAUGGUUUUGACUUUAAACCCUACAUACAUCCGAUAUAUAAUGCCAUCAUGGCUCGAUUGACGAAUCAAGAUCAAGAUCAGGAGGUGAAGGAGUGUGCUAUUUCUUGCAUGGGGCUUGUCGUGUCAACAUUUGGUGAUAACCUCGGAGCAGAAUUACAUGCAUGCCUUCCUGUUCUUGUGGACCGAAUGGGAAAUGAGAUAACUCGACUUACAGCUGUGAAGGCUUUUGCUGUCAUUGCUGCUUCACCACUGCACUUGGACCUAUCAUGUGUUUUGGAUCAUGUUAUUGCAGAGUUAACCGCAUUCUUAAGGAAGGCUAAUCGAGCUUUGAGGCAGGCAACACUGGGGACGCUGAAUACCCUAAUUGUUGCUUAUGGGGAUAAAAUUGGUUCAGCUGCUUAUGAAGUUAUUAUUGUGGAGCUCUCUACUCUGAUAAGUGACUCAGACUUGCAUAUGACGGCUCUAGCGCUGGAACUUUGCUGUACCUUGAUGGCAGACAGAAGGUCAAUCCCCAAUGUUGGUUUGACAGUCAGAAAUAAAGUUCUUCCUCAAGCACUAACUUUAGUAAGAAGCUCAUUGCUUCAGGGGCAAGCUCUUUCGGCUCUACAAAGCUUUUUUGCUGCCUUGGUUUACUCGGCAAACACAAGCUUUGAUGCUCUGCUGGAUUCUCUUAUUUCAACAGCUAAACCAUCUCCUCAAUCUGGCGGUGUUGCAAAGCAGGCCUUGUUUUCCAUAGCUCAAUGUGUAGCCGUUCUCUGCCUUGCUGCAGGUGAUCAGAAAUGUUCAUCUACAGUGAAAAUGCUUACAGACAUACUAAAAGAUGAUAGCAGUACCAAUUCGGCUACCCAGCACCUUGCCUUGCUUUGUUUGGGAGAGAUUGGAAGAAGGAAAGAUCUAAGCUCGCAUGCACAUAUAGAGAAUAUAGUUAUUGAAUCCUUUCAAUCUCCUUUUGAAGAGAUAAAGUCUGCUGCCUCUUACGCUCUUGGAAAUAUUGCUGUUGGUAAUCUAUCAAAAUACUUGCCAUUUAUUUUGGACCAGAUUGAUAAUCAGCAGAAGAAACAAUAUCUCCUGCUUCAUUCUUUGAAGGAGGUUAUUGUGAGACAGUCUGUGGAUAACGCGGAGUUUCAGGAUUCUAGUGUGGAGAAGAUACUUAAUUUGCUAUUUAACCAUUGUGAAAGUGAGGAAGAAGGUGUUCGCAAUGUGGUAGCUGAGUGUCUGGGAAAAAUUGCCCUUAUUGAACCUGCCAAACUUGUUCCUGCACUUAAGGAGCGAACAAGUAAUCGGGCUGCAUUCACUAGAGCAACUGUUGUCAUUGCUGUAAAAUAUGCUAUAGUUGAGCGACCAGAAAAGAUAGAUGAGAUUAUUUACCCUGAGAUCUCAUCAUUCCUGAUGCUUAUCAAGGAUCACGACCGGCAUGUUAGGCGUGCAGCUGUCUUGGCCUUAAGUACGGCAGCUCAUAAUAAGCCAAACCUCAUAAAGAGCCUGCUUCCAGAAUUAUUACCACUUCUUUAUGACCAGACAAUUGUGAAGCAAGAAUUGAUAAGAACAGUCGAUCUUGGUCCUUUCAAGCACACAGUGGACGAUGGACUGGAGUUGAGGAAAGCUGCCUUUGAAUGUGUAGACACAUUGUUAGACAGUUGCCUUAAUCAAGUGAACCCUUCAUCUUUCAUUGUUCCUUACCUUAAAUCUGGUCUUGAUGAUCAUUAUGAUGUUAAAAUGCCUUGCCAUCUUAUCCUCUCAAAACUUGCUGAUAAGUGUCCCUCUGCUGUAUUGGCAGUGUUAGACUCGUUGGUGGAUCCUCUUCAGAAGACUAUUAAUUUUAGGCCAAAACAAGAUGCUGUUAAGCAAGAGGUUGAUCGUAAUGAAGACAUGAUUCGGAGUGCUCUUCGGGCAAUUGCUUCUUUGAAUCGCAUCAGUGGAGGAGAGUGCAGUCAUAAGUUCAAGAACCUCACGAGUGAAAUAGCAAAAUCCCAAACGCUGUGGGAAAAAUAUUGUUCCAUCCGAAAUGAGUGAUGAAUGGUUACACGGCCAUGUGCCAAAUUGUUGCUUGAUAAGCGUGAUAAAGGAGAAUGUUGUUCUUGAUGUCUUUUGGGAUUUGUAUCUCAGCGGAUAAAGGAAAAACAUGAGUAAAAGGUCAUAUGCCCCCCCCACUGCCCAGAAGUGAUACACUUGAAAUGCUAUUUGAUGGGGGGUUCUUACGAACAACACCACAUAAUUGAGUCCUUGCCCCAUAUACGUUGGGUGUCUUGCUUUCCUUGUAUAGGGUUAGUCCUUAUGUUUUCCUAUCUAGGCCUCUUGUUGUUUGAUCAGGUUUUGUAACAUCAUGACCAUUAUUAAUUAUACACUGGCGUUUUCUUUUUCCCUUCUGCUGCCCAUUUUUGUGUGAUUUUGAUCAGGAUGCAAAAUGCUGAUUGUCAUUUUGAAGGAGAAGUCAUCAAGUCUGCGCACAGAUAGACGGAAUUGUGUACAAACAUAUCGUUGUUUUAUUACUUUAUUCUACUUCUAUCGUACUUUCAAACUUAUAUCCCCCUCUACCUUAGUUGUUAUAUGAGCACCAUAGCUUGAAAAGUAAGUUAGAAACUAUUAUGAUAGAGAAUGAUAUUGGAAAUUGACGAGAAGUAAAUGUAAUGGCUAUUGCCCAUAGUGCAUCAUUAAUCUGCUUGUUGGUUAGUCUUUAAGCCUAUCGCCUUAAUGCUAAGAUUUGACACUUUUUCUUGAAAUAUGGCCGACUGCUGCCUCUGGUUUCUCCCCCUUUGUUUGUAAGUCUUAAUGGAGGGCACUAGAAAAGCCAA